AUGAGCGUGCCGGAAUAUAACGAAACAAGGCCCAGUAACCCUCUAGACAGCUUGGUGCAUAUUGCUAGCAACAUGUCUCGAGAACUACGACACAUUGAACGCAGUAGUGAUACAAACGGCUUUUCACCUGGAAACAACAACAACAACAACAACAACAACAAUGAUAGCAACAAUGGCAACAAUGACAUUUCACAUACUGCCACUAGUCUGGCUUUCCAGCUGCCCAGCCUUUCUCAUCUGCUGCAAAUUCCCUCCGCUAGCGCAACUCCAACCAAUAACCCACUAGGUAACUCUCCUCAACCAGACCAUGAUUCAUUAGCAAAACAGGGAAAAAUAAAGAGAAUGGCAUGUGUGGAAUGUCGUCAACAAAAGUCGCGAUGUGACGCUCACGAAAAGUACCCCAAUCCAUGUACCAGGUGCCUGAAAAAGGGGUUGCAAUGUGAUUUAAAAUCAGACUACAAGAGAACGUAUAAAAGAGCUCGAAUAGCGCAGAUUGAACGGGAGUUUCACGAAUUGAAAAAAACAUUAACAGCUACACAAGCAGCAGAACUAACCUCAAAGUUUCCAUCUUUGGUAGGCACAGUAAGUAGAAGUGGAUCGGAAGACUUUGCAUCGCCCACACCUGCUGCUGCUGCUGCUGCUGCUGCUGCAACUGCAACUGCAACUGCAACAAAUGCCACCACUCCACGACCUUUUAUCCAUAUCUCCAACUCACAUGCGAACACAGAUGAGCUGCGCUCACCAAGAGGAAAUGAAUUUUUAAAUACAGGAUAUGGUACAGGUACUAAUGUUGGUCCUAGUGCAAUUCCACACCAGAAACACUCCAUUCCGAGCAAGGCCUUUUACCAAGUUGCUGUUCCCACUCCCUAUCCCCAUGACCCCACAUUACCCAUCUCUGAAGAGAUACUCGUUUGUGAAGAGAAACUGUUUGAGUCCAUCACCCUUUCUUCGCAAACAAUCAAAAUGCUAUAUAUCGAAUAUGUAACUCGGUACCAUCCUAUAUUUCCAGUGGUCGAUAUUGAAAAGGGGCCAGAGAGGAUUUAUAGGCUUUGUCCAGCAUUGUUCUGGGUCAUGAUGUUUGUGUCGCUACGAAGAAUCGAGGACGACUACUCCAAGUCAUUAUUGAUACAGAUGUCUCCCGUGGUAAAAAGUAUCUUGGCGGAGAUUAUGAUCUCGCCCAUCACUAGGUAUAAUCCAUCAGAGGAAGAAGAACCCAUUUACAAUGUAUCUUCGGUGUAUUCUGUUCAAGCCUUCCUUUUAUACUCCUUUUGGCCUCCAAUCACUUCGUCAUUGAGUGCAGACUCAUCAUACAACACUGUUAAUACGGGAUUCUUCCAAGCGAUAAGAAUCAGUUUACACGCCCCAUCUUCGUUUGUUGAGAACUUGAAUGGAGAGAAUGGUAACAAGAAUGGUCAGGGGUUGACUACUCAGCAAACAGCAAUGAUCCAGGAGCAAGUAAAGACGUGGAUUUUAUCAAACGUGGCGUCACAAUAUAUUGCUACAUCUUUCGGGUUCCCUGCUUGUGUUCAGUUUGAUUCCUCUAUUUGGUUUUACAGUAAACCAGGUAGCCGCAUUAAUAUUCCCCAGGAUAUCAAUGUAAUGCUCGAAAUCGCUCAGUUCCAAGACCAAAUGGCCAAAUCUCUCAACUCUAACCCCAACGAUUCAUGCGGGUUGGCAGAGGCAAAAGAGCGAGUCACGAUUUUGAAAUUACUUGAAAAGCGAUUAAAUGAAAUAGAAACCAAAGUAAGAAGUGAUGUUUCCAAAUACUCGGCAAAUUUUCGUAUAUUCGAAAUCUUGGCUGUCAAAGUUCACUUGUUCAGCUAUUUUUUUAUGGACUCGUACAAGAUCCCCGACUUUGAGUUGAAAAAGGGUCUUAUAAAAUUGUACAACUCUGCUGUUGCACUCAUCGAGUACACCAAGACUUGCCAGGGAACGGAUCGCAAAUACGUCAAGUAUCUUCCUGGAGUCUAUCUUUUGAACCUUUGGCAGGCUGCUUGCAUUACUGGCAAGUUAGUGCAUUCCGAAUUGAAAGAGUACAUUGAUGUAGCCAUUGGAAGGAGAUGUUUUGAAGCAGUGGUGAGCUUGACCAUGAAGGCAUCUAUUUUAAAGCAUGAUAUGGCUUUUAGAUCGAGCGGUAUAACGAAAUCGAUGUGGCCGCUAUUCAAGAACUUGAACGAUGAAAAGAAGAAUUUGCUUCGUAUCACGGUUCGAAAUAGAAUGUCAGCCUCUGUUUUUUUUGAUUGUUUAAAUUUGGUGAGAGAACAGGUGGGAUUGACCAAGAUGAAUGCUAAAGCAGACGAGCUGAAGGGGGCAGAUCCCGCCGACGAUGGUUAUCACGAAAGCAACGAUCAUUCGCAAUCGGAAGUUGACGACGCCAACGAGGAGCCAAAUGCUGCAUCGAAAAAAGAUCCUCAUCAGAAUAACACCAGCCAAAACUUUAAAGAGAAGAACCUUAUCACGAAAAUUCGGGCUAGUGCAGAACUGAGAGCGCGCGAGAUAAUAAGGACAAAACCACUAGACCCAGAACCAAUUUCUAUUGAUUCCAAACGAAGCUCAAUAUUUAAAAUCGUAAACUCGUCGAGUGAUACGUCGCCAUUGGCCAGAUCCGACACCUCGGUGGUAGAAAAUGGUUUGCUACAGAAGCAAUCUCCGUAUAGUGCGCAAAUGAGUCCCAGAGGACUUGAACAGCAAAGAGAUCCAAAUGCCUCGCCACAAUCAUUACCACCUCAUACUGGACUAAAUGCGCAUUCUCGACCUCAGUUCCAGCCCCAGUCUCAGCCUCAGCCUCAGUCUCAGUCUCAGCCCCAGUCUCAGCCUCAACUACAACCUCAACUUCAGUCACAAUAUCAUGGCCAUCCGCAGUAUCAAACUCAGUAUCAGACGCAGUAUCAAGCACAAGGGCAAGGGCAAGCACAAGCACAAGCACAAGCUUAUGCUCAUACUCAUGCUCAUUCUUCGCACGCUGUAGCCAAUCAUAAACCAUUAGACCUGUACACUGUGAGCAACACAUCCUACUACGAAUCUCCUGCGCAGCUGGCACAACUGGGAUACGAAAGUUUGGAUUUGGAUGGAUUUGAUACAGACUUAUUGUGGAAGGAUGUGGAUAGCGUUAUGAACGAUUUUGGAUUUCAUUUAGAUUAA